AAUGGAAACAUAUAUGAAGAUACUAUAGUCUCAGAAAGGCAUUGGGGUAAUGUUAACUCAAGGCAGUUAGCAGAAGCCAAUCUUAGAAGGGAACAAAGAGGAAAUGAUGCAUUUAUGGGAAAAGAUCUUGAUCAAUAUGAUAUGGCAAAUUUAGCACAACGAAAUUUGGGUACUGGGAAGCCAAAUGAUAUGAUCGACUUGUUUCAGAGAGGAGGUGCAGAUGCAGCAAGUAUGUGGGGUGCCACCGGCAACAGAGCCAUAGGUUUUGGUGAACAAAACUGGGAUUCAUAUUAUAAGAGCAGUUAUGGAAAUUCCCCUCAAUCGGCUCACAAUGCACCGGGUGCCCAGAGGGCAAAUGCUUUAGAUAACAGAAUGUUAAGAUAUGGUGAUAGCAGUUUGCAAAAUAGUAUGAUGGGAAGUAUGCCAUCGUCCUUGGGUAAUGUUUCGAAUGAUAGUGUUUUUGGCAGUAGAGCAUCUAUGGGAGGUAACCAAGCUGAUGGUGCUGUUGGUGGUAGAUUACCUGGAAGUGCUAACCUGAAUGAAAGUGUUUUUGGAUCCAAAGGAGCUGCAGGAGGUAGUCAAGGUGAUCAAUUGACAGAAGAUAAAUAUGCUGUUUUUGAUAGUUUAUAUGAGGAGUAUUUAGGAAGUGCAAAAGGUGCAGCUGGAUUGGCAGGUGUAGGUGCAACCGGAGGUGCUGGGGUAGGUGCAACAGGAGGUGCAGCUUCACCAACAGGUGUAGGAGCAACAGGUGGUGCUGGAUUGGGAGCUGGAUUGGGUGCUGGAUUGGGAGCUGGAUUGGGAGCUGGACUGGGAGCUGGGUUAGGUGGUGGAUUAGGUGCAGGAUUAGGUGGAGGUUUAGGUGCAGGAUUAGGUGGAGGAUUAGGCGCAGGAUUGGGUGCAGGAUUAGGUGCCGGAUUAGGCGCAGGAUUGGGUGCAGGUUUAGGCUCUAGAAGUGAUAACAUCUUCAACAAGGCCUCUGAUCCAUAUAGACCAUUCGAAUCUGUUACUCCAUCUGAUGGCAUGUGGUCUGGAUUUCAAAGUCAAUAUGAUCUCUUCCCCGAGGCUAAAUUGAGUGCGGCAGUUAGUACAAAUGAUAUAUAUCCAGGAGAUAUCUGGGCUGAAUAUAAACAGCAACUUGAAAAUUACUCAGACGCAAAAGACGAAUUAGAAAAAAUUAAAAAAGAAAAGCAUUCUGACAGAUUAAGUAGCAGCCAUCACCACAAAAGAUCGUCAUCUGAGAGAACUUCAAGUGGUUCUAGAUCCAAAUCAUCAUCAGAUAAUAGAUUAGUUAAAUAUAGCGGAAGGAAAGGAACCUCAAGCGAAGAAUAUGAGAGACGUCGUAAAGAAUCCAAAAGUCAAGAACACGCCUCUUCAAAACAUAUCAAAGAAAUGAUUGACAAAUUAGGAAGUACAGUAAAUAUGAGAGACAUGUUCUACAUAUUUAACUGUUUGAUUAACCACGAAAGAAGAAAGUACGUUGAUAUGGAAGAAGGUACUAUGUUGUUCUGGGAUAAAACGGCAAAAUCUUAUGGUCUCCCAGAUUACUAUAAAACUAGACAAUGGAUGAAAGCUUUCGACGGUAUGACGAAAGAGUUGUUUUAUAAUGAAAAGAAAUUAUUCGAUAGACUAUACCACUUACUUCAACAUGGAUCAUGCUCACGAAGUGGAUAUAUUCAAUUUAUUAAGGAAGUUAAGUAUACAUGCAGUAGAAUGAGAAAAGAAAUGGAAGACCAAUGGAAAGAAUAUUUAAGCACCAAAGUUAGAGGAUUCUGGUAAUAAUCCAAAUUUCAGCUGUUAUAAGUAAAUUGUAAAUAUAUAUCUAUCCUGAUUUAUGAGUAAAGCGACAUAUAUAAAUAUGUAUGUAUAUAUAUAUUAUUUAAUGGAAUCUAAGUUCAUUACAUUUUACCAUUUUGUGCAGAGUUAAAAAUCUAUGAAUAAUUAUGUUUAUAUAAUAUUGUAGUAAUAUUGGUCUGCUUAAUAUGUAGACCAUAUUAUACUUUGCUGAUUAAAAUUCGAGAGAAUAAAUAAUUUUUUUAAAAAAAAUUAUUUAGUUGUGUAAGUUGUAAGUAUUUUUAUCGAUUGUUCAUGUUUAAGA